CCUGACGUCACGAGCUGCUGGCAGUGUCAUGGCGGCUGCCUGUCAGCGGCUGGAAGCCUCUUCCAUGUAAACACCUCGAUAUUUCCUCCUCUCCUCUCCUCUCCCUCCCUCUUCCCUCCCUUUCCCCCCACCCACACACCCCCGCUUGAAGGCACAUGGAAAGUAAUGUCAGUGUCGAGCGGGGCGGCGUGGCCGUGGAGUUAGCCGGGGCUGGGCCGACUGUGGCGAGUGGCGAUGGCAGCUUCGAGCGGCGGAAGGGAUCGGACAGCCCGGGGAGCGGUGCCGUGGGCCCGAGGGCCGGGGCCGGCACUGCUGCAGGUGGCGAUCAUCCGUGUUCAAGCUCCGUGACACGCCUGCAAGAGGAUGAAGAUGCGGUGGAGGUGGAGGGCGCGCCUACUGGGGAGGAGAAAGUCAACAACAGCCCCCAACACAACUUGGUAAACAAGAUGGGCGAACUGAGUGAGGAGUCUGCGAGCGGGCUGAAGAAGGACCUUCUGCCCGGCCUUGCUCAGCAGCAAGCGGAUAAUAUGCUGCCGGAAGAAAGUAGCCCGAGUAAAAACCACGAGUGUGACAGGAAUCACAGCGCCAGCGAUCAAAGCAUGCCUGGCGAAUCGCGAAGCAUCGACUCCCUCGAGUCCUUUUCCAAUUUGAACUCUUGUCCUAGCUCUGACUUGAACAGCGAGGGGACUGAAGACCGAGCUUUGGCUCUCGCUUUACAGAGUGAAGAGUAUAACAGCAAGGACGGUGUUGCCAAACCAUCUGGUUCGAAAGAAAGAUUCCCUGGGCAGUCAGUUUAUCACAUUAAGUGGAUCAAAUGGAAAGCGGAGAACACACCUAUUAUUACGCAGAAUGAAAAUGGUCCCUGUCCUCUGCUUGCAAUCAUGAACGUUCUUCUUUUGGCAUGGAAGAUUAAACUACCACCCAUGGUUGAAAUUAUAACAGCAGAGCAGUUAAUGGAGUACUUGGGUGAUUAUAUUCUUGAUGCAAAACCAAAAGAAAUCACAGAUGCUCAGAGGCUGAACUAUGAGCAGAACAUGAGUGAUGCAAUGGCUAUAUUACACAAGCUGCAGACAGGAUUGGAUGUAAAUGUAAAGUUUACUGGUGUAAGAGUAUUUGAAUAUACACCGGAGUGCAUUGUAUUUGACCUCCUUGAUAUUGCACUUUACCACGGAUGGUUGGUGGACCCUCAGAAUGCUGAUCUAGCAAAAACAGUGGGAAUGUGCAGUUAUAACCAGCUGGUGGAGAAGAUUAUCUUCUGUAAGCAGUCAGAGAAGAGUGAACUAGUCAGUGAAGGUUAUGUUGCAGAACAGUUUUUGAACAACUCAGCAACUCAGUUGACGUACCAUGGGUUAUGUGAACUGAUUUCCACGGUUGAAGAAGGAGAAUUGUGUGUGUUCUUCAGAAAUAACCAUUUUAGCACUAUGACAAAAUACAAGGGUCAACUCUACCUCCUGGUGACGGACCAGGGCUUUCUUACAGAAGAGAAGGUUGUCUGGGAAAGUUUGCACAACGUGGACGGGGAUGGAAAUUUCUGUGAUUCUGAUUUUCAUCUGAGACCUCCAUCUGACCCAGAAACUGUGUACAAAGGACAGCAGGAUCAAAUUGAUCAGGACUAUCUGAUGGCAUUGUCCUUACAGCAGGAGCAGCAAAGCCAGGAUUUGGCCUGGGAGCAGAUACCUGAAGGGAUUAGUGAUCUGGAGUUGGCAAAGAAACUGCAGGAAGAAGAAGACAGGCGAGCAUCCCAGUACUACCACGAACAAGAGCAGGCAGCUGCAGCUCAGAGCCAGGAAGGGCAGCAAUCACAGGCGGUGGCGGCAACAGCAGCAGCUGGAAAACAGCCGGGAGGCACGGAACGGAAGCAGCGCAAGGAAGCAAAGGAGAAAGAAAAGGACAAGUGUAUUCUCUUGUGAUGGGGACGGAAUUUUACCAGAAGCUAAAUGCGUAACCCUUAAAAGAAUCCAGUGAUAUGCCGUCUGUGCCUGAUCCUUAAUUGUUUGUAUUUUGAGAAGUGAAAGGAUGACUUCUUUGAUACAGUCGGCCAAACUCUGUCUGUUGCACAAUGCACUAUAUUCACAAGGGAGUUUCUACAGUGUUGAUUGAUGCAGUUACAUUUAAUUUGACGUAAAUCAUUGUUUAAAACAUGCAAAAAGCACCUUUACAUGUAACAGUAAAAUCACUAUGCCUCUUAAUAUUUUGCAUUAAUUAAUGCAAUCAGCUAAUAAGCUAUUCUGGAUAAUACUGCCUCUGUUUUGCUAUAGGACAAUGAUUGGCAAUUUUGUGGUUGGUUUAGAUUUCAUUCUCUGCUUACAAUAAGAGAAUAUAGAAUAUUUUUAGUUUUCCUUGAUUGCGCCUAGAAUCGAGCUCAUAGGGAGAAAAAGGCAAAACACUUACAGAAGGUCAUUCAUAUUAGAGAUUGUUUUAAGAUGCUAACACAAACUCUGCUGGUGUACAAAUGUAGCACUGGACAAUCUUUUCUAAAGGAGAUGUCAUUUUUUUUGUACGAGCCAUAAUGGGGAAGGCAAGGAGAGUCAAUAUUUGUCAGUCGUGGUCUCUCUUGCUUCAAGUUUUCUUUAUCUGCUACAUUGUGCAUGGUUUUAAAAUCGUUCCAACAGAAGUCAAUCUAGGGAAAUGUGUAAAAAUAGAUAUUCAACAUGUAAAAUAUCAGUAAUUUUUUUUAAAUGCAAGUGAAUAAGCUAGUUUUUUUGACCAAAUAUACUUCCUGACAAUUGAGAAAAUUGUUUCAAGUUGGCUUGGAGACGAUAAAGGUCUUGCUAGAAUAAAGAAGUUACAAGUAGUUAUCUGUGAUCUCUUUAAUCAGUCAGUUAAGUCAGCACUGUAUUCACCUUUAGUGAUUACCAUUUUGUUUCUGAAUUCCUUAAUGCUGAAUAAUGUACCCAAUCAUUGUUAUCGUUUAUCUUCAUUAAUACCUUCAAGAUUAUUUGGUCAAAUAUUGUCAAUGAUGUAGACAGUAGCAAAGUUAUUUUUCUUAAGGGGACCAAUAUUCAGAAAUGGGAGGGGGGGGGGAUUUUAAAACAUUUUGGAAGAAGCCAAAUAACUUUGGUAUUGUUAUACUUGUUUUUUUUUGGUAUAAUUUAAACACUGACUAUUUUUCUUUGGUAUGAUGGUAAGCUGUUCCAAAUACAUUGUUCACUGGGCACUGUUGCAGGAACACUAAAUUUUGACAUUGAAGGAAAAUUAUCUGAAGGAUCAUUUUAUACUGUUUCAGAUUAGUAUUGUCACUCUAAUAAUGUAGCUGUUUUGUAGAUUUUUAAUACAUUUGACCAGUUUAUUUAUUUGAAUAACUAAUAGGGCACCCUCAGUUAGAGUGCUUGAAGCAGUUAUGUAUCUAGAGGAAGAUUCACACCUGUCAGUAACUAGGGAGGAAGAAAAUAAAGCAUUUAACCUGUUUACUAAGACAUAAAUAUUUAUUCAUUGUGAAGCAAUUUGUUAAAUUAUUUUGAGAUGGGCAGCCCAGAAUAUCUAUCUUUUGCAUUUUGAAAGAAUCAUGUUGCACUUAGAGGUUUCCCUUUAUCAAAAAUUCUUUACCAGGGACAGAUAUAAUGAAGUUGGUUUGGGGAGAUUUCAUUGAACUGCCCAGACGUAUUGUGAAUUAGCUCACAUUUAUAGUGCAUGAUAAAUCUAGUAGAUCAUAUUAUAAAUGUCAUACAAAUGCUUAUGUAAAGUUGUAUUUUCCUCACCAGAAUAUGUUGAUAUUAAAAGUACCAGGAUUUCAAAUAUGUAUGGAUCUAAUUAUUUGCAAUCCUGUCCAAGUAAUUACUUGUGGAUUUUGACCAUACUGCUCCAGGGGCUGCAUUGUGGAACAACUGUUCACCAUUAAAAGCCCUUGACCCAUUUUAGGACAGGUAGUUGCUUUGAAAGUUAUCAGUGCAGGGCUGCAUUGGCCUUUCUGUUGGGGGUUGUGCGUAGUCCUGACUCACAGAUGCAGGCUUGUUUGUGGUACCUUGACUGAUAAACAGUCGAGUAUGGUUCCCCGACCUUUUUAAUAUGCUAAAUGUUUCACGUAAGGAUUGUUGAAAAUAAAUGCUAAGUCUUCUGAAAUGAUUAUGCUUUAAAUAUCACUUUGUUUUGCACAUUUGUCUAUUACAAGGAUGGGUGUAUUUGUGCUACUCUGCAACUUGAAUUUUGCAGAUUUUCUGAAUGCUUCACAGAAAUUUGGUGCAUUUGAGAGCAUGACAUUGAAUAUUUCUUUGUUCAAAGAAAGCUAUAUGUUGCCAUUUGAUCAUUCACAAUGGAAUAUUUGCUAGACAUUUUAAUAAUGUCAACUUUUGUGUUGGAGAUUUAAUCUCAUACACCAGUGGGAUUGGGUUUUAUCAUUUGUUUAUUACAACAGGAUGCACAAUAUACUUCAAGCCAUUGUACAUGUAUAUUCACCAUGAUUAACAACAGACAAGAGAAGUAUUGACCAGAAUCUGUUACUUUCAAUAACUUUUGUUGCACUUUUGCUUUGUUGUUUGUUUAUUUUGAGACAUUAACCAAAAUACUGGUGAAUUAAAAAUAUACACAAUGGAAAAAAUAUGUAGAUUUUGAAUUUGCUCUCUACCUUUUGAUGUCUCCUAAAUCACAGCUACUUUUCCCCCAUUGCUUUGGGUACCUGUACUGUUACAAAUCCUGCAUCUGGGAGUGUCUGCGUUUUGGUAGAUGCCGAUUUCAUGACAUUGUUCCAUUUUCUAUGUUCAUGACCAAACUUGUAUGUCGCAUACUAUCAUAAUGUGUUAUAUACUUAGUGGGAUCAAGUGAACUUUGGCAGCACAAAAAUACUUUUAUUGGCAUUCCAACUAUUUGAUUUUAAGAGAGCUUUCUGUGGAAUGUAGAUUAAUUGUCUUCACUUUGUACUUCUGUCAUCAUGUGACUGAAUGGACAAAAGCAGUUAAUUCUUUACAAUAUGUAUCUUGUGCAGAUUGGGGCAAGUGGGAGAGUAGCAAAUUGUGCCAUAAUGUUAAAGAUUCUGUAUUUACAGUAACAGAUUUGAGGCAUUGUUUAUAUUUUCAUUUAUUUUUUUAUUUAAAUCCCGGACUAGGAAUAGGGUAAAACUUUGGUACAAGAACUUCUAGGUUUUUGAAAUCUUAAAAUAGGAAGGAAAAAAUGCAUUGCAUGUAAUGUGAAUUAUUUAAACGGUAAAAAUAAAUCAAUCUAGGGAAAACUGAACCGAAGUGUUGAAAAUGAGGGAAUAACUGGGGGGAAAACAUGGAAGUAAGUGGAACUUAAUGAAAAUCAGUAAAGAAAACCGCUGCCCAGUCUGAUGUUUACAACAAAAAACUGCCAUGUACAUUUGCUAACAUGCCUCAUUAUGGAAAAAAACCCAGUGUAUUUGGUAUAGAACAAGCAUGGAAAACUGGGUGGUAUCAGAUAGCCUCUGAAAUAUUUGCAAUUAAUUUCAAAAUAAGGUAUACUGUGACCAAAUCAGCCCUAUCAGCUGAACUGAACACCCAUUAGUGCCUCAUUAACCAUCAGAAAGAGUGAAACGCGGCUUUAAUUGCAGUUUUACAAGUGAAACAUUGAGAAUCAUGUUACAAUAAAACUUUGGUAUCAAUUAAUGCAAAAUCUUCCGUUGCAGAAUGAUGUUAAAAUUGGUAAUACUCCAGACUGAAAUAAAAACCCAUUUCUUGCAA